UAAGCAUAUUCCUAAAAACCUUCCGCCCAAUAAACAAUUUCCGCCUCCGCCUCAGGUUUACUGCUUCCGGUCUCCCACUGAAGAGAAACACACCUUCAACCUCCUGGUCUACUGCUGCUGUCGAAGGUUUACCCAGGUUUACUGCUUCCGUCAAAGUGAAAAGAAAACUCCAGGCGCCGCGCCUCUUGGUCUACUGCUAACUGCUUCCGCCGACGGUUUUGUCUGAGCAGCUUUGGCCGCAGAAUUAGGAGAACGACGCAAUGCAUUUCUCCAAAGCUAUUCAGCUAAGAGGUCAUAGAGCCUUCCCUUCUCUACUCAACGGCCUCGCCUUUAUACGUUCAAUGGGAGGUGGCCCUCGGACGUUUCCUGGUGGGCUCAAUAAGUGGCAAUGGAAACGCCUCCAUGAGAAAAAAGCCCGAGAGAAGGAGAGAAGACUCCUUGAUCAUGAGAAACAACUUUACCAAUCCCGAAUUCGAGCUCAGAUAAGAUCAAAGCUCUCCCCUUCAGGAGAACAGGCCAGUGCCGUAGCUAACCAGCCAAGUCACAGCCCUAUGUCCCCUCAAGAACAAAUCAAGGCUCUAGCCGACAGGUUCAUGAAGGAGGGCGCUGAAGAUUUGUGGAACGAAGAUGAUGGCCCUAUUGAGGCUCCCGCACAGGAUCCACACUGCCGAGUGAUUACUGAGCCUAGUAAUUUGCGGAGAACAGUGUCGAAAGUUACAAAUUCUGGGAAUAGUUCCAGGAAUUUCAGUUCUUGGUCAAGCUCUAGACGUUUCUCCAGUGAUGCUAUAUGUUCUGUGAGGCCACUUCAUUUUCUAGGUUCAGGUGAAAAUGGAGUUUCCCAAAAUUUGUUUGCUUGGUCAAGAGAAAUGUAUAUCCCCCCAUUUUCACAGAGAUUGGGUGAUUGUAAAUAUGUGAAUCAUGCUAUGCUGCAUAGUUUAUUAACAACCAGAAGCUAUUCCCUUGAUACAAGUACUACACAUAGUGUAAAGAGGUUUGGUUUUCAAAAACACAAGAGCCUGAAGAUUGAAGAUGGUUCACAGAAGGAUACAAUUUCAUCAAGAGGACGAAAAGCCAAGUGGCCAAGGUUUAGGUCAAACAUGACCGACUCAUCUGAAGACGAUGAUGAUGAUGAUGAUGAUGUAGUGGGCAAAGAAGAACAGCACGUUUCUAGUGUUAAGAGAAUGAGCAGUGCUUCUUUGGGGAAGCAUGACAUGAAGGUUAAAAAGAGGGUGCCAAUACAGUUUGUAGAAGACGAGGAAGAUUUGUCACAUAAAGUUGAGGAAAUUCGCAAGGAGGUCAAUCAGAGGAGAUUGGAAAAAUGUGGUGGGGAAGAAAAAGAGGAAGAAUUUGAUUCUGUUCUUAGUUUGAAAAGGUAUAUGGUUUGAUGAAUGUGAGAUAUCUCCAUCCACUGUGAAGGCACUUGUGGAAGCAGGUUAUGUGCAAAUGACUAGGGUUCAAGAGGCUACUCUAUCUGCUUGUCUUAAUGGAAGAGAUGCAUUAGUCAAGGCAAGGACUGGAACUGGGAAAAGUGCAGCUUUUGUGAUCCCUGCUAUUGAAACAGUUUUGAAACCUGAACAAAGCAGGACAGUUGAGAGGGUCCCACCUGUAUGUGUGUUAAUUUUAUGCCCAACACGAGAACUUGCAAGUCAGAUAGCUGCAGAAACAAAUGUAUUACUGAAGUACCAUGAAAACAUUGGUGUGCAAACGCUGGUCGGGGGAACACGCUUCAAGGUUGAUCAAAAACGUUUGGAAACAUAUCCAUCCCAGAUUAUAGUAGCCACUCCAGGUAGAUUGCUGGACCACAUUGAGAAUAAGUCUGGAUUCUCUACACGCUUGAUGAGAUUGAGGAUGCUCAUACUAGAUGAAGCAGACCACUUACUUGACCUAGGUUUCCGAAAAGAUAUAGAAAAGAUUGUUGAUUGUUUGCCUCGACAAAGACAGUCUUUACUCUUUUCUGCUACCGUUCCUAAGGAGGUUCGCCGAAUAUCUCAACUUGUUUUGAAAAGAGAACAUGCAUAUAUUGAUACAGUGGGGCUUGGUUUGGAGACCAACACAAAGGUCAACCAAUUUUAUCUUGUGGCACCUCAUGAACAACAUUUCCAAAUGGUGCAUCAGCUUUUGAGCAGUCAUAUCUUGGAAGAACCUGAUUACAAGAUUAUCGUUUUUUGUACAACAGCGAUGAUGACUUCACUCAUGUUUUCUCUGUACCGGGAAAUGAAAAUGAAUGUCAGAGAGAUACAUUCCAGAAAACCUCAAAUUUAUCGGACUCGAAUCUCGGAUGAAUUUAAGGAAAUGAAACGUGUAAUUCUCAUAUCAUCUGAUGUCUCAGCCCGUGGAAUGAAUUAUCCAGAUGUCACAUUGGUUAUUCAGGUGGGAAUUCCUGUGGAUAGGGAGCAAUAUAUACAUCGGCUUGGAAGAACAGGUCGGGAAGGCAAAGGAGGAGAAGGCAUCCUAUUGAUUGCACCUUGGGAAGAAUAUUUCUUGGAUGAACUGAAAGACCUCCCAAUGCAGAAAUGUGACUUGCCACCUUUAAAUUUGAAUAUUACAGCAAAGAUGAAAGAAUCAAUGGCAAGUGUAGAUAGCAGUGUCAAAGAGGCAGCGUAUCAUGCUUGGCUAGGAUACUAUAGUUCAAUCAGGGAGAUAGGACGGGACAAAACUACCCUGGUUUCAUUGGCUAACCAAUUUUGUCAGUCAAUUGGUUUGGAGAGGCCCCCCUCGCUGUUCAGGAAAACUGCACUAAAGAUGGGAUUAAAAGACAUUCCCGGAAUUCGCUUGAGGAAGUAGACUGCAGCCUCACGGGUUUACUUCGUUCACUAUUUGUGAUUCGUACUUCUGUUGUAGAUUUUGAGUUCAAUUGAUACGUGGCAUUGUCUUGUGUACAUUUUUCACUUUUGUGGGUUUAAUUCUUGAUAUUUUCAAUCUCUGACUUGAAAGGAUGGAACAGGAAUAGGAAUUGAGGA